GUCAAACAGCUCUAUCAUGAAUUACUAUAUAAGUUUAGUUUUUAUAAUUGAUCUUGAAAAUACCCUCAAUUAAUUUUUUUCUUUUUUUUUAAAAAUGGCUGCCUCAGCUCUAUUUUCUUUAUCCAAGAAAAUAAUCAAACCAUUUUCUCCUACCCCUUUUUCUGAAAGAAUUUACAAGUUUUCUUUCAUUGAUCAAUUCAAUAGUACACAAUAUAUCCCCUUAGCCUUUUUCUAUCCCAAUAAUAAGAGAGUAACCUCAAUUGGACCAAAUGAUAUGUGUAAGAUAAUUGAAAAUUCCCUUUCAAAAGCCUUAGCUGCUUAUUACCCUUUUGCUGGAACAUUAAGGGACAAUGUUCAUAUCGAGUGUAACGAUAUCGGUGCUGAUUUUUACAAGGCUCGAUUCGAUUGUCCCAUGUCUGAAAUUCUCAAAAGUCAGGACAGAAAUGUCAAAGAAAUAGUAUAUCCCAAGGAUAUACCGUGGAAUGUCGUUGCACCUAAUAGAGAAUUGGUCACGGUUCAAUUGAACCAGUUUGAUUGUGGAGGAAUUGCUUUAGGAGCAUGUGUGUCACACAAGAUUGGAGACAUGUGCACAUUUAACAGAUUUAUAAAUGACUGGGCUGCAAUUGCACGUGAUUCUAACUUAAAUAUACGUCCUCAAUUUAUUGGAUCAUCUAUUUUCCCAUCCACAAAUGAACCUGUGAAUGAGCCACCUCGCGAACAGUGUGUAACAAAGCGGUUAACCUUUUCAAACCGUACACUAAAAUCCCUCCUCUCUGAAUCUUCAUCGUCAGGAGUGAAAAAUCCAACUCGGGUUGAAAUACUAACAGCUCUUCUUUAUAAAUGUGGCAUGACAGCAAAUUCGAGUCGAUUAUUCAAGCCAUCAGUUUUGUUUCAGACUAUCAAUUUAAGACCUAUUAUACCUUUGCCAGAGAAUACUCCUGGAAAUUUCAGUUCUUCCCUUUUUGUACCAACAUACGUUGAAGAAGAAAUGAAGUUAUCGCGAUUGGUUAGUGAGUUAAGAAAGGGGAAACAACGAUUUUUUGAUGAUUACAAAAAGUGUAAGGAAGAUCCUCAAGAUUUGAUUUGUACAACAAUGAGUCCAUUUCAAGAAAUAAGAACUCUAUUCAAGAAUAAUGAUUUUGAUCUUUAUAGAUGUAGCAGUAUGGUGAAUUAUUCGUUGUAUGAUGUAGACUUUGGUUGGGGUCAGCCUAGUAAAGUACGUAUGGUGGACUCUCAACUGAGAAAUAUUUUCUUGCUCUUUGAUGACAAAAAAGGAGAUCGCGUAGAAGCACAGGUAUCUUUGGAUGAAGAAGGUACCAUGUCCGCGUUUUUGAGAGAGAUGGAGCAGAUUAUUGAAUUUGAACUUCCACCUGAUGAAGAAAUUUCAUCUGAUGAAGAAAUUCGAAUGGAAGCAAGAUGUUGAUAAAUGUGUUCUUUUUUUCUUAGUGAGGAACACUUUAAAUAAAGAUGUGUUCUAUGUUGUUUCAUUUGGUUAUUUUAAAUUAAUUCUGGCACAUUUCUCUAGUGAAGUGAAAUAAUGUCCUCAAAUCGGUGUCAUAAAUCAGGCAUGCAAAUGUUGUAUCUGGAGCUUUGAAUAAGAUGGAGCUUAGUCGUUGGAGUUUAACAUUCCAUCUUUCAACUCCAACAACAACGUUUCAUCGUCAAAAUAAGUCUAGUUCGUGACAUAAAA